GCUACUUUGACACGCCACGUUGCCUAGUAACCGAUUGGAAUAGUCGUCAACUCCUGCUUUCGUUUAUCCUACUUGCUAUCAUUUACUCAAAGGGAAGUCAUGAGCUCGCAUGAAGAGGAGCCCCAGCAAGAAAUGCUGCAGCAAGUAGCAGCCAGAAUAGUUCAGAGGGCCUGGAGAAGACAUGUGUUCAGAGAGGUCUUCAAGUAUUUCAAAGAGCUGAUUGGUCAUUGCAACCAGCAGGAUCCACAGGCAAUCCUCAAAACUGUCAAUCCCAGAGAGACAGAGUUGCUGGAUGCUGCAGCUGGGGUGUUUAUCAGAUUUCGACUUGGAGGGAUCACCUUUCCUCCCAAUAUCUAUUACAAGAUCUUCACCCAUCGGCCUAUCACAGAUGUAUGUGCAAGCAGCCCAAAGGACUACACCCAGACAGGCCGUAAGAAGCCCGUGGCCCAGCACACCAACAGUGGGCAGCCUUCAGUUCAGGAGGACCGAUCGGGUUGGUAUGAGCGUAUGGAGAACAACAGCUGGAGGUUGUUCUGUAGCAAGGUGGAUGGCAUGGGCGAGCCCGCAGAGAUUGGCGCUAACAAAAAAAUGUACUUUCACUAUUCCCGGUUGCAACGGAAGCAAGAUGUAGACAAGUGGAGGAAAAGACGGAAAAUUGAAUGGCUGAAGCAGAUGUACAGACAGGGUCGUCUCCAGGCUCAUCCAGAGCACAGACACAUGGCGACCCUUGUGGAGAAUUCAACACAGGAAGUGAUGGACGCCAUCAAACGAAAAGGAGACGAUGAAAUACAUGAAUGGGAGCUGGACGAGCUCCUGGCCUGGACCAACACUCUCAACUUUGAAGAGUAUAUGCAGGAGUGGAGACAAAUGGCCUGCAGUCACUCAUCUGAACUGAGCAGAGAUGAGUCAGCUUAUGAAAACCGCUUUGAAUAAAAUCAAUUGUGUUACAA